AUGCCAACGCGGCCAAACCUUUCAGCAAGUCGGAAGACCCGAUCUUCGAUUGCAAACCUCAGCGACCAUCUUGGUAGAUCCUUCUCUCAUGGGUUGAUCCGAUGGGGGGUCUGUGAAUGGCGUGACGCCGUCUCUCCGAAACUCCGAUAUCGAAAUGUGCGAAGUCCGCGCCCUUACUACACCCUUUCUGUGACCUCACAACAUAAGCGGGCAUUUUCUAAUGCUUCCCAUCAGAGGGGUAUAUGGGAUGAAGACGACGAGGUUCCAGAGCCGGCCCCGACCAAACGAAGUGGACGCCCACUCCAACCAACCCAGCCAGUCCGCGCUCGCCCUACCACCCAUCGGCAUAUAGGUGGCUUGCUCCGAUCAAGGUUUGAGACAAAGCACUUGGCUGAAAAUUACGCAAUCCUUAACAAACGGUUCAAUUCGCUGCCUUUGUUCAGCCAUUUUGUCGAGCUUUUUAUUCAAUUAAAGUACAAAAAUGUCGAUGAUCUUCUUUCUGAAUGCGAACUAGAUCGUCUACGCUAUGAACUUGAACAUCAAGCUCUCUCGUCAUCGUUCAAGAACCAAGUUACUGCACUGAUCUCACGAAUUACAAACCGUGUCCUUGAAGCGGAAGAGAUCACUCAGUUGUGUGUAUCCGAGUUGAAAAGCCUUUCAAACUCCAUGGAGCAGCGUAGGGAUUAUGUGAUUGCACGCAAUACUAAUAGAAUCUUCGAAGCGAAUGUGGUCACCCAAGAAUGUGUGGCUGAGUGGGAAACCCUGUCAUUCUCUAUACUAAAACGUAUCGCCACUGUGGUUUCACAAAACACAGAUCGAGUUUCCCAGGCAGAGAGGAUAACACAAAGUUACAUUGCUGAAGUAACCCAUUUGUCGUCCUCCAUGCUAGGAUUGGAGCGCAUUCAAGCUGCUGUCUCAAAGGCAGAAAAGAGCAAUAAAACAAUCGAUCAUGAUUUCUGCGCUACUGUUUUUACUCAAACCUCAAAAUGGACACAAGAGCUGGAACAAUUAGAGGAGACUAUCCAGGGUUGGCAACGCGACCUUCGCGUUUCUAAAAGCACAAUGUUGGAGCCCCUAGUCAAUAUAUCUGAGAUAUCAAUCCGCCGGCUGCGAAAGACUCUCAGAGAUGGGUUUCUGCGACCCCGGAAAACCGCGAGAAAGCACAUAGAUGAUAUUAUUCGUCGAUACGAGGAAUUCCAAACCAUCUACGAAGAAUUACAACUCAAAAGUUCGAUAGUGCGCCGCAACCAGUUCGUCAAAAUGUUAUGCGCACACCUGGAGCAAAGUGAGAACUUGAGCUUAGAGGAUAGAUUGGCUUUUCGCAACUUCAUUACAACCUUCGAUGAUGAUAGUUCGGAAUUUGGACAGGCGGCUCAUAUGUGGCGUUCAGCGUGGCGCGAAAGUUGGAGGCUCGACAAUAAUCUUCAAGAAAGUCAAUUCUGGAACCUGAAAGAUUUCACCUCCUCCUUUCCCACAGAAGACCCUACUCACAUCCUGACCAACUACGCACUGAGCGCUUUCGAUCCAGAUAUACCUCGGAUUUUGGAAAACAACGCAAUCGAAUUUUCCGAUCAGCUCCAACAAAAAUACAAUUCUCUCUGGAAGUUCGCAGGGGCACGCAGUCCUGAGUUACACAUUUAUUGGCGGCAGUUGGAUGUUAUUGCGCCAAUACAGCUUGUUGACCUCUUAACAUGGCGCCUUUCCUGCGAUGUAUGGUAUCUUUACAUCAGUCUCCGUGGUGAGUGUGGAAGACUGUGGGCUUGGAUUCCCACAGACGAGAUGGUAUACAUCGCCCAACGCGUACGAACGUGGUCGAACCAAUUCCAAGCUCAUCGCAGCGACUUGCGAGCGCUUCAUAAUCAAUUCAUCGAUCUGAAUUGGUUGCGCCUUCAAUCGGAAAGCAAACUGCACUCAAUGAAAGAACCGGUCCAUCUGUCUGGAAGAUUUGAGAUCAUCAAUCCACUAAGCCAAGAUCCUUCUCGUUUCGCGCAAUGGACUGAGCAGAUGGCUCGCUAUGCUGGGGAGGCUUAUAUCUACCAAUGCGUCGGCCGAGUUAAGCCAUUGUUUUGGGAAACGCUCUACGACAAACUCGAGGCAAUUGACACAACCCCAUCGUUGGCCUUAAGACUUCAUUCUUCAAUGACGCCCAAGCCAAUGUUCAUUAAAUCCAUUCGUGAUAAGCACGAAAGAUACCCCCGGAUACACCAUCAUAAUAAUACUUCUCACAUAUCCCAGAGGUCGAUCCUACCUCGACCCUUUUCGAAAAAUAUAUUGACUGUCUGGCUUGAAUCCAAACUCAAUCCGCCCUCUAGCCAGGGCGGUGAUCAAGCUGCCAAUGAAUUGUCUCCAGGCCUGAGAAUGGAACUCGAAGCUCGCAUUAUCCCAAUAAAGCUCAAAAGUGACUGGCUGGAGUUCAAAAAUCUUGCAAUAUUGGAAUGGCGGUCUUGGGCCAAACAGCACGGCAGCAAACCCACAACUGGUCCAUCUCUUCAACACCCGGAGGACCUGCCAAAAGAGUUUUUAAAGAAAUUCUUGAGCCAUCCUAAGGUGAACAGGGAGGAUCUCAGCGCAAUCCAUCUAACUAAUCCAAUAAGCGCAGCAAAGGGAGCACAGCUCGCGUUUGACUCAUUCCACAAACCAGACACACGGCUGGCCCUCGAGAAAAAAUUCGGACCACCCCCAGCUCCUGUCCCCAUCGAAAAAAAUCCGCAAUUCCCCUUGUUUGAACGUAACACACACGGAUUAUGGACCAACGACAGAUCAGAUUCAAGACACUUACCUGUCCUCACACAAGAUGUGUUCAACGACUGGCAAAAUUUCCAGCACCUCACAUGGAGAUCAUGGGGCCUACCCGGGGGUCUACUCACGAAAAAGUCGCAAAGGAUGCUCAAAGAAAGACAAAUCAAGGAUAUUAUGUGUGACUGGGUCAAGAGACAACAACCACUGUACGAAGCAAACUCAAGUGCCAUCCAGGGUACCCAAAGGGAAAAUCACGAUUCACUCAAGUGCUCAAAGGUUGGAUCAAAACAUCCGCUGGCUGAGCCAACAGUCAAUCAAGGCAGUCAAGAAGAUAGCCCGCUCAUUUACGGGCCAUCACCUAGCCCCUCUGAUGAACCGACUAAAAGGUGCAUAACGGAUUCCGAGUUCAAAAACGUGCAUGAUGAUCGUUUCCAUUCCAUGACUACACGGAAGACACUCAUGCCUCACGAAAUGGCUCAACUAGUGCAGCUCGUUGUGAAUUCCGAUGCUAAACCCACGGAUAUCUCGCCAACUCAAAUGGGAAUGCAUUCAAUUGUGGACGCUGGUUCUCAGGCAGUCGCAAAAAGUCCACUGACCCCUGAUCAGGUUUUCAAGAAGCUAUUUUCAGUUCCAAAGCGCCAGGACGCAUCACAGAUUCGCAAUAACCUGCCAGGCGUCAGGCCUCAAAGUGGGUCACACCACAAGGCCCAAAUGGGACGACCACCACGCAUAUGGAAAAGCGGCUCAGUCUCGGCAGGAAAGAGGCCGCAAAAUCCCUCUGCCGCCGUCAUCUUUGGCCACGAGCCACGAAACCUGAAUGGGCGUGAAUAUAGCACAAUUGCAAGCUCUGACCGCGUGAGCUGCCAACAAACCCGUGAUGUGAGCGACGUGUCCCUUUCUGACCAGUCACUCGGAGAUGACAUGUCUCCAGUCACAUCUACCAAUCCCCGGUCGGUUGAGGAGAGUGUUUCGACAGAUGAAUCGAUUUCUUCUACGGACGCUGAUUCCAGUGCAAAUGCCUCUGCAUCGCCUCUGUUCUGGAGUCAUAGUUCGCAACAAGGCCCCAAUGGCCAGAAGCUCGUUGUUCAUUAUUGCCGGACGCUUCGAAGUACUGAAGAUACUAUUCCCUACUUUCUUGGAAGCAAGGUCAUUGGGUUUGACAUGGAGUGGAAAUCAUCGGCCUCCAGCUGGGACAGUAUCCAGAACAAUGUCUCGCUGAUUCAAAUUGCGAACGAGGAGCGCAUUGCCCUUUUCCAUAUUGCACUUUUCAAGCCCGCACGUACUCUGGACGAUUUGGUUUCUCCGUCCUUGAAACGCUUGAUCGAGUCUCCUGACGUCACAAAAGUUGGGGUUGCAAUCAAGGCGGACUGCACGCGGUUGCGGAAAUUUCUCGGUAUAGAUGCGCAGGCUACUUUCGAGCUUAGCCACUUGUUCAAGCUGGUCAAGCACGGUAAGGACAACCCGAAAUUGGUGAAUAAGAGAGGUGUCAACCUGAGCGACCAGGUGGAGGAACAUUUUGGUCUCCCUCUUGAUAAGAGUGAAGAUGUCAGAUGUGGUGACUGGACUCGACCCUUGACCUACCGAAAAGUUCAAUAUGCUGCUACAGAUCCGUAUGCUUGCAUUCGUCUCUUCAAUGCCAUGGAGGCCAAGAGACUGGCUAUGGACCCAACACCGCCUCGUCCGGUGCAUGCUGAACUCAAUCAACCCAUUGUUCUUCCACUUAGACAAGCGGUUGGUCGUGUGCAAAAAGACAAACCAGCUUGA